CCGACACCAGUCAGACUCAUAGCGGUGCUGCUUUUUUUUCUCUGUCGAUGUAUUUAAGUUUGCAUGUGUGUUUCUGGCCUGUCAGUGCGGCACAUCAGCAGUCGUAACAGGCGGUCCCUGUGGAGGGCAGACUGACAGGAGCUGCUGAAACCGUGACAGUCGAAGGUCAGAACUUGGCAACUGACAAUGUGUCUGUGAUCGAGGGGGAAAUGGCCACCAUCAGCUGCAGAGUGAAGAACAACGACGACUCUGUCAUCCAGCUGCUCAACCCCAACAGACAGACCAUCUACUUCAAAGAUGUUAGACCUCUGAAGGACAGCCGGUUCCAGCUGGUGAAUUUCUCUGACAACGAACUGCGGGUGUCUCUGUCCAAUGUGUCACUCUCCGAUGAGGGACGCUAUGUGUGCCAGCUCUACACAGAUCCUCCUCAGGAAGCCUACGCAGACAUCACUGUCCUGGUCCCACCAGGCAGCCCAAUCAUUGAGAGCCGAGAGGACCUGGUCAGCGAGGGAAACGAGACGGAGCUCACCUGCACAGCCAUGGGCAGCAAGCCAGCUGCCUCCAUCAGAUGGAUGAAAGGGGAGGAAGAACUGACAGGGGAGACAACAGUUGAGGAGACAUAUGACAGGAUGUUUACUGCCACCAGCCGGGUAAGAUUUUCUGUCACCAAAGAGGAUGAUGGAGUGCCAGUGGACUGCAUCAUUGACCACCCAGCUGUAAAGGACCUCCUGGCUCAAAGACACUUGGAAGUGCUAUAUAAACCAGAAGUGAAGAUUGUGGUGACAUAUCCUGAAGGUUUAACUAGAGAGGGUGACAAUCUAGAUUUGACAUGUAUCGCAGAAGGAAAACCACAUCCCCAUCAGAUCAACUGGCUAAGAGUAGACGAGGAUGUGCCACCUCACGCUGUGGUCACAGGCUCUGAUCUCUACAUCGAGAACCUCAACAAGUCCUACAAUGGUACCUAUCGCUGCGUGGCAUCCAAUGCUGUAGGAGAGGCCUAUGAUGACUACAUCCUCUAUGUAUAUGAUGCUCCCACUACUAGCCCCACACCCACCACCAACCCAGUCAACACGCAAGAGGCAGCCGAGACCCUACAUGUUUCCUUGCGGAUGUGUCAAGCGAAAGACAGCAGGGAGCAAGACUCCAGAGCCGGUGAGGGGACACCACAGAAAAUUGACCAUGCUGUCAUUGGAGGGGUGGUUGCCGUGGUGAUGUUUGCCAUCCUCUGUGCACUCAUUGUUCUUGGUCGAUACUUUGCCAGACACAAAGGAACUUACUUCACACAUGAAGCCAAAGGGGCGGAUGAUGCAGCCGACGCAGACACGGCCAUCAUUAACGCGGAGGGGGGACACAACAACACAGAUGAGAAGAAGGAAUACUAUAUCUAAACUGGACAGGCCAGGGGAGACGGGUGGGGAUGCUGGUGGUGUUGGUGGUGCUGUGGGAGCAUAAUGUCUAACUCCGAUAGGUUUUCAAGAAGGCUUGAGGGGCGGGGAGGGCAAGAUUUAAAAAGGAAGAGAGGAAAGAAUACAGUGGAAAGUAGGACUGGCAUGGCCAAGUGGUAAGAAGAGGCAUUGCUGAGUCUCCUAUCCGACCCUUCCUGGACUGCCGGGGCCUAAUCUGUACAGUUCAGUUAUUUUACAGACAAUUUUGUGCCUUGUUCUAUUUCUGUUUCUUUUGUUGUUUUUUUCCCGUUCACAUGCUUGUUGGAUUUGAUUUUCCUGUACUUCACCUGAUCCUUUGUUGCUUUUAGCUUUCAGAGGAGAUUAAAUGGGCAUGGUGUUUGUCUAUGUGUGCUGCAGCUAGCUUUUAGCUCAGGUACCUAGAUCUGAGAGCCAGCUCAUCUUUUUUUUUUUUUUUGAGUAAUCUCCAGAGUUCAGUAACUGGAACACAGUGUCAACACAUUUCUCUCCGCUGGGUCAAAUUCCAACAGUCCCUGCAAUUUCAUCACAUUUCCCACCAAACAUGCAGGUCUGAUUGGUUUCGACAUUUCAGCGCAGAUUUCACUCACCCCCUUUGAGGAUCAGGUUCACUGUGUUGAUUGCUAAUGUAAAAGUUGAGUAUUCAUGCUCAUUAUAGAAUGUAUUUGUUCCUGAAAGUAAAAUAGGAGUGCCGUUAAUUAUCAUUUCACACCAAACCUCCAAGUAUAACUGGUCCCUUGUUGUUUUCAAGAAAACAUUUUACAAUUAGUAGAUGUGAGGUCAGUUUAGUAUUUGAUCAGUUGUGGAGUCCAGUCUAAGACAUCCUGACAGCUAUAAUGUGCCAUGAUAGAGUUAAAGUUUCUACAGAAGAAAUCAGAAUCACUUAUUCUUUUUUUAAACUCUAUCAGGCUAUUCUCCUGAUUGAGAGGACAACAACAAAUCAACAAUAGCAGAUAACAAACCAUCAUUUGCUUUCUUUCUUUUGUUUUUGUCAUUAGCAGAACAUCUGGUUCUGAGAAAAAUCUUAGAGUUGCUCGACA